AUGUCGUCCAACAACACCUCGGCCAGUGUCUCCAUCGAUAAGUUCGAUGGGGACAACUACUCAACCUGGUGUCGCUACAUGCGCGGCGUGUUUCUGACGAAGUCAGUCUGGUACGUCGUGAGCCGCGAAACGUCUCCAACCUUCACCGACACGCGAGCUUCCGACGAGUACGUCAAGGCGAGCAACAUCGCGUUCGGGUUGAUGUUGCUCCACAUGGACGCCGACUACCACCAUGUGGUCGACAACUGUGAAGAAGCAUGGACAGCGUGGUCGCGGUUGAAGAUGCUCUAUGGUGGGUCGCAGAAGGCGGGACGCAUCUACCUCAAGCGCCAGCUGUUCAGCAUCAAGAUGGCGGAAGGUGCCAACGUCUUGCACCAUUGCAACGAAGUCUUGAACAUCGGCGCCAAGCUCAGCAGCAUCGGUGCCAAGAUGGAAGACGAAGACGUUGCGAUCUGCUUACUGCGCAGUCUGCCCAAUAGUUUCGAGAACGUGGUUCUCAACUUGGAGAUGAGCAAUGCAGAGCUGCGCACGCAAGAUGUGGUCAAGGUGCUGACUAACGAGCACAUCAAGCGACAAGGCGAGAAGAUGACAACGGCAACGACAACGGUGAAGACUGAAGAUGCGACAAAGGCAUUCAGUACCGAGCGCAAGCCCUACCAAUGCACAUACUGCGGCAAGGUGGGGCACACGGCAGAGCGUUGCUGGACGAAGCAAAAGGAUGAAAGUCGAGGAGCCCAACGCGGCGGCAAUGGUCGUCGACGCGGGUCAAACAAUGUCCACUGGCGACAUUAUGAUGAAGGCAACAGCUACGAUCGAGUGGCGUUUGCAGUUUCGUUCGAAUGCGGAGUUUCGACGAACAAGAAUGGACCAGGAAUGUGGGCCGUUGACAGCGGGGCAACACAUCACAUCUGCCACGACAAGUUCAAGUUUGCAAGCUUGGUCGAAGGCAAUGAUGGCGAGAUCCUGGUGGCUGAUGGCAACAAGGCGGCCAUCAAAGGUGUGGGGACCAUCGUGGAAAAGGUGAUUCUGCCAAACGGGGAAGAGCGCGAGAUCGAGAUCAAGAACGCGCUCUAUGUGCCCAGCAUGAGCAAAAAUCUGCUCUCGGUGCCGCAGAUUAACAAGCACGGCAACUUCCAAGUGGUGUUUGACGGGGAUACGAUGUACGUCGCUCGCAAGGAUUCCAAUCAAGUGGUGGCAGCUGCGGAUCUUGUAGACGGACUCUACUGGCUUCGCACGACGCAGCGAUCGGCCAAUGCGACAUCACUCAGCAACGCUGUUGAUCUACAUGCGCGAAUGGGCCAUGCUCCAGUCGACGUGCUUCGCAGGAUGGUGACAAGUCACAUGAUCAAGGACGCUCACAUCCCUUCCAAGCCGAAUGGAUCAAGUGUGUGUCGAGGAUGCCAAGAAGGGAAGAUGGUCCAAAAACCAUUCCCGAGCAACCGUGACAAGCGCACCUACAACACCUUCGAGAUGCUCCACUUCGACAUCUGCGGACCCAUGGAAGAAAAAUCUCUGGAGAGCGAAGAGUGCAUCAAGAAGUACAUCACGAUGAUACAGACGCAGUUCAACAAGAAGGUCAAAUUUGUGCGACACGAUGGAGCCCGCGAGUUUGCGACGAACUCGCUUCAAGAUUUCUACGAAGUCGAAGGCAUCGAGCAACAAACCACGGUGCCAUACGCACAUCAAGCCAAUGGAACUGCUGAACGCGCGAUUCGAACUAUCGUCACCAUCGGUCGUAGCAUGCUCCAUCAUGCCAAGUUGGACAAGUGCUUCUGGGCUGAAGCGGCAAUGACGGCCGUCUAUGUGAAGAACCGUUUGCCGUCACCCAAGAUUCCACACAAGACACCGUUCGAGAUUGUCUACAAUUCUAAGCCAAGUGUCAAGCACAUGCGCGUUUUUGGGUGCCAAGCAUACAUCUUGACCCCGAAGGAGAAACGACUCAAGUGGGAUCCCAAGGCCCGGGCUGGAUUGUUUUUGGGCUACGAAGAAGUGUCCAAGGCGUAUCGAGUUUACGACAUCGAAGCGGGGCAGGUGAUGAUAAGUCGCGAUGUCAACUUCGAUGAGUCGGCCUUAGGAAUGUCGAUGCUGAUUUCCGAUGACGAUGUUGAUGGCCUGGACUUCGAAUCGAUCGAUCUUGAUGAUGAAGAACCGCGUCCGAGACACUUCAAACAAACAGGAAAGCGCAAGGCCCAACCCAGUCACGACAAUGACGACGCAAGCAUGCCCCGAGCAGUGCGCCAACGACCCGGAUUGGAAGAGUCAAGUGCGCCGGAUGACCUCUCUUCACGUCGAGCCAACGAAGAUGAAGAAAGGAAGUCGGAGGAACAACAUGACACACCGACUUCCUCCGCGUUUUGGCAUGCGAGUGCAAACGCCGUCGAAGCAGCGGUCGAUUUUUCGGAGCCGUCGACAUUUGAAGAAGCAGUGUCUGGCCCGGACCAAGUACACUGGCGCAAGGCAAUUGAUGCGGAGCUCGAUUCGAUGAAGCUUCGCGGUGUCUUUCGUGCGGCCAAGUUACCCAACGGACAAAGCGCCAUUGGCACAAAGUGGGUCUUCAAGAUCAAGCGCAAGGCGGAUGGGUCGAUCGAUAAAUACAAGGCACGACUUGUGGCCAAGGGUUUUCGCCAAAAGUAUGGCAUCGACUACACGGAGACGUUCUCGCCCGUGGUCAAGUAUGUGACGCUGCGAAUGGUCAUCGCCAUUACCAAGCACUUUGGAUGGCCCCUCGACCAGCUCGAUGUGGUGACUGCGUUCCUGUAUGGAGUGAUGAAGGAGAAGGUGUUCUGCGCUGUUCCGGAAGGCGUCAAGAUGGAAGGUGAUUUCGACUGUCUCGAGCUGAUCAAGGCGAUCUACGGUCUCAAGCAAGCCUCGCGUGUUUGGAACGAGACCUUCGACGAGUUCAUACGCUCGAUUGGUUUUCAAGCGUCGGGAUUCGAUCCAUGUCUCUACAUCAUGACUUCGGAAGGCCAUUGUGUUUUUGUGCUGGUCUACGUGGACGAUGUCUUGGUGACUGGAAGCUCGCUCGAGAUGAUUGCGCGCACCAAGAACGACCUCAAGACACGCUUCGAGAUGACGGACAGCGGCAAGUGUGCCUUUGUUCUUGGGAUCGAGUUAUUGGACGGUGAAGAUGGCAGCGUGAUUAUGUGUCAGCGCCGUUAUGUCGACGAUGUCCUCAAGCGCUUUGGAAUGGAUGAGUGCAAGGCUGUGGCAAGUCCGGUGGACGUCAGCUCUCGACUGGUUCCAAGCAACUCUGCAAGCAAGGUGGAUGUCCCAUUCCGUGAAGCAGUGGGUGCUUUGAUGCAUCUGACGACUGCAACGCGACCGGACAUCGCCUAUGCUGUAAGCGUUGUGUCACGGUUCAUGGAGAAACCCCAAGAAGAACACUGGGUUGCAGUCAAGCGCAUCUUCCGCUACCUACAAUGCACCAAGAUGCAUGGAAUCUGCUACAAGCCAAGUGCGAAGAUCGACUUUCGUGGCUAUUCAGAUGCAGACUGGGCCGGUGACCUUGCUGAUCGCAAAUCGACGUCCGGCUACGUCUUCAUGCUAUUGGGUGCUCCGGUGAGUUGGGGCAGCAAGAAACAGCCAAGUGUGUCACUGUCUACAAGCGAAGCGGAGUACAUCGCGCUCAGCCUGGCGAUCCAAGAAGGCAAGUGGAUCAAUCGCUUGCUGUGCGAGAUCAUGGCGGCUGCAAACGAAGAAGGACCCGAGCUCGUCAUCCGUGAAGACAACCAGUCGUGCAUCAAGAUGACGAAGAAUCCGGUCAACCACGGCCGCGCUAAACACAUCGACAUCAAGUACCAUCACAUCCGUGAUGAAGUCAAGCGCGGCGAAGUGAAGCUUGAAUACUGCGAGACGACGUUGAUGUUGGCGGACAUCAUGACGAAGGGACUUCACGGACCGCGUCACAAGGACUUGACGGCGGCGCUUGGCAUCCGUGCGUGUUCGGAUUGA